AUGGGGCAGCGGCUUAGCUUGACGACGCUGUGCGGCCGUCGGGCUCGGCUACGGCAGCGUGCACACCUGGCAGCAUGUCAGACAUGUCAAGCGGCUAGGGCGGAUGGGAAGCAGGGCUACGAGGUCGCACGCUUGGCUGCCGAAGCGGCACAGCAAGCGGUGAUGGGAUUCGGUUUGCCCUACUGUGAGGUAGCAGCGGUUGCAUUCAAGGCGGCAUCAGAAGCGGCCAAGGAGAACAGCUUGAGCCAUGCCCUGUUGGGCAUUGCCAGCGAAGCCGCUGGCAAGGCUGCCAUGGCUUCUGGGGCCAGCAUUCCGGAGGCCUCCCUUUGUGCGGGGGAGGUGGCCGCAGCUGAGGCCAUGUUGAAAGGGAGUCUACCAUGUUUUGCUGCCGAGCAAGCAGGUGAAGCAGCCGCCCAAGCAGCCUUGGCUGCAGGCGCUGCCCACCAGGAGGCGACGAAGCUCGCUUCCCAAGCAGCGGCCAAGGUCGCUUCCAGUGCUGCGCGCGCGGAUGGCGUUUCAGCGGACGAUGCAGGAGAAAUUGCCAGGGAGGCAGCGAAGAGAGCUGAACACUUUGCUUUGCACCUGACACCUGUAUCGGUCUUGCUGACGCCUGGCAAUGAGCCAGAGUCCGAGAGCCAGGACCCGUCGCAGUUCACGCAUUCGCAGCAAUCCCGCAGCGAUCAUGACCGUGACGUGGGGAUGCCUGGAGCGCCGGAAGCAUGGGAGGGCAAGGGCGGCCCUUCGGUCAGGCCCGUCGCUGCCGCCAGAGUUAAGGCAGUGACGGCGCAGAACUUGUAUGCGAAAGUCUGGUGGUUACCCCUGAGUCCUCUGCAGGAGAAGUGCAUGGCGACUUUGUUGGGUCCUCCCUGCGGCUCUGACGAGGCGCCACUGCGCCCGGUCACCGGAACGGAGCUGCAAGGCGUGCUCUGCGCUGGUGAAGUGGCUCAAGGACUGGGUGUUUUCGCGGCCAAAGACUUUGCUGCGGGGGAAUUGUUGUGUCGCGUGCCCCCAGAAGCUCUUCUGAUUGCAGGCGACGGCGAAUCCUUGGCCCAAAGAUAUUUGCAAGAACGUUCUCGAGCGGAUUCUGAUUCGUUCCAAGCUUACUGGCCAUCCCUACCGGCCAAGGAGGAGUUGGCUCCGCUCCAUCCCUUGCAUUGGCCGCCCGUGCUUCGAAGACCGGAGUAUGUGGCUGAGUUGUUGCGGGGGAGUCUGGCGGCGCAGCGCACCUUUCAGGCGCGACUGACUGGAGAGGUCGAAGAGUCGAUGUUGGAAGCGUUGCUGGUCGUCGACUCCAGGUCCUUCAACAUCACGGAUGAGAAGGGUCGGGUGCUUCGGGCGUUGGUGCCAUUUAUUGACCUGGUCAACAGCUUCGUGCCAUUGACCUCCGCCGCCAACAGCUGGAAUUGCUGGUUCCGCGGCAACUUGGAAGAGGGUGCAAUGCUGCAUGCUGAGCAUUCCAUCCCCAGAGGAACGGAGCUGGUCCAUUGCUAUGGAACCUUUUCUUCAGCCGAAUUAUGGGCCACUUACGGAUUUCUUCCGUUGGAAGCGAUGGAGAGUCCGGAUGAGGCUCCGCUGAUCUCUGUUCCUCUGGGGUCUGGUGGCGUCCAACCUGACCAGCUGAAGCAGUUGAAGCAGAAGCUGGAACCAAGGCAUUGGCUGGAUGAGCAAACCCUGCUGUUUGAGAUCCCCUGGGAUCUGGAGGAUGGACCUUUGGACCAGGUACUGGAGCUGAAUUGGCCUGGAAGGGAAGCUGAAGUGUUAGCAGAGAGGUUGGAGGUGGCCUUGCAAGCGAAUCAAGAAGCAGCCAAGUUGCAGCGCGCCGCGCUGCAGCUGCUUCGCAACGAGCGGCCCCUUUUAGAAGAAGAGCUGGCCGCUCUCCAAGGUUGA